AUGACCACACCAGCAGCAGCGGGCAAAGGCAUGCUCCUGAAAGCCGAACCGAUCGCGGCUGCCUUUCGAGACGAGGUGAAAGGUACUUUGGCGCAGUGUUCUGUGCGACCCAAGCUGGUUGGGAUCUUGUCCACCUCAUCUGCGCCUAGCAAGCAUUAUGCAGAGUUUACGAGGAAGCAGUGUGAGGAGUUGGGUGUCGAGUUUGUGUUGAAGAAGACGGGGGCUGCGCUCUCAGCUGAGCUGGGCGAGGGCGAGGGGGUGGAAGAGGCGAUUAUCGAAGCGAAUGGGGAUCCUAGUGUUCAUGGUAUCAUGGUGUACUAUCCUAUCUUCGGUGCACAGCAGGACCACUACUUGCAACAAGUUGUCUCCCCCCUCAAGGACGUUGAAGGUCUUCACUUCAAGUUCCACUACAACCUUUACCACAACAUCCGAUUCUUGAAGCCUGAAUCGUUGUUGAACACCGUCUCUGCUCCGUGCGAGACGACCUCGACGAUAGAUGGCGAGGUUCCUCCCGAAGGCAUGGUCAAGUCCAUCAUCCCUUGCACGCCGUUGGCUAUCGUAAAGUGCCUCGAGUUUGUUGGAGUGUAUAACAGGAUCCUUCCUUACGGCGACCGUGCCUAUGGGAAGACUGUUACUAUCAUCAACCGAUCUGAAGUUGUGGGACGACCUCUCGCAGCUUUGCUUUCCAACGAUGGUGCCCGGGUUUUGUCCGUGGAUAUCGACUCUAUCCAGGAAUACACUAAGCGACCCCGAGUUACCGCCGAUACCGAAGGCGCUCAGCGCUACCACCCCCGACACAUCGUCCAGCCGACCAACAUGACGCUCCAAGAAUGCCUCGCCGUCUCCGAUGUCGUUGUAUCGGCCGUGCCUAGCGCCACCUACAAAGUCAAGACCGAAUGGCUCAAGCCCGGAUGCAUCUGCCUCAACGUAGCCGCUGACAAAAACUUUGAGGCGAACGUUCGUGAAAAGGCCUCGAUCUACGUCCCCGCUGUGGGCAAGGUCACUAUCCUUAUGUUGCUCAGGAAUCUCCUCCGAUUGCAGCAAUAUCAGCGUGUUCCAACGAACGCUCCGACCGAAGCGUCCUCGUGAAGGAGCUGAGCACUAAAAAAAGUCCUUUGGGAUUAUUUAUAUACCUGUAUUAUAUGGGUUUUAUAGCACGGUAUCCAAAUUAUGUAUGUGCUAUACGACUAGAUAGCAAAAGGGUAAUCGAGCGAAAUGACGACCCGGAAUCUAUGUAUUAGUUACAAUGGCAUUCACUUGCUAGUAAAUUGAAUUUUGCUGAUG